AUGCAGCCGUCCUGGUAUGCCGGCUUCUCCCGAGGCGAAGUGGAGCGAUGCGUCUACAGCCACGGGAGGGAUGGGACGUUGGUGUAUGUCCAGGGGGAUAGCAUCGCAUUGAAAGGGGGGGGAAAAGGCUCGGCGUUCCUCAAGGCUCACCGGAAACCGGUGACUUGUCUCAUCCUUUCGCGGUCUGGCCUCUUCCUGGCUUCCGGUGAUUCCCGUCAUUCCCACGAGAAGUGUGAAGUGGUAGUGUGGGAUUACGAGAAGAGAGAGGUGGUGGGGCGACACAAACUCCACCUAGGGAAGGUGCAACACAUGGAUAUAUCCUCCGAUGACCAGCUCCUCUUUUCCAUCGGAGGUCGAGACGAUAACAACCUGGCCGUCUUUCACAUCCCAAGCGCCACCUUGCUCUGCUCGGGGUCGGUCGCACGAGGGACGCAGACGGGUCACGCCCUGGUCGUCAAGACGCAUUUCAGAGAUUCGAGUCUGUUUUUCGCGACCGGAACCCGGGGUCUUCUCGUUUCCUGGCUUUUUGUCAAGGACUCCCGUCAACUCCGAUCCAAAGACGUUCAUCUGGGCAGUCUUCAAAGGGACAUCGCUUCAAUCGCCGUACAUCACGUGCACGGCGUGGGCGGAGACGAAUUCAUCUACUGUGGGACGCAGAGCGGAGACAUUCUCAAGUUCCUCCUGAGACAAGAGUCUCCCUCCGAGCCGAGGACGUGUCACUUCUUGCUCGCUCUCAUAGGAGUCAGAGUCGGGAAGAAGGAGAUACAGUUUUUCGCCCAAGGUGUGAAAUCAAUGGCGAUGAUGGGAGAGGACCGGCUUCUCGUUGGCACAGGAGACGGUUCUCUUUUCGUCUGCAGGGAAAAGUUGCAGCAGCCGCAGAGGAAGAUGCAUCUUAUUCAGGUGGAAAGUUUUACCGUGAAAGGAGCGAUAACAUCGCUGCACGCGAACGAAGAGAAACGAGAGGUCUUCCUGGGGACAACGUCCGCCAACAUCUACAAGCUCAGUUUGGACAGAGGAGAAACGACAACCUUGGUCACGGGUCAUACAGCCCCGGUCACCUGCGUCUCUUUCCCAUGGGAGGAAUCAAACGGGUUUCUCACGUGCGGGAAGGAUCUUCGACUGUGGGACUCGUCCACGGGAGAAGUGAAGUUUUCCUUUCAGUUGCCAAAUAUGUCUUGCAUCUGUGCCACCUUCAGCCCCCUCAGUCCUUCACUCCUCUUCACGGGUUGGAGUGAUGGUUCCAUCCGCGUGUUAGACAAAGUCAAGGGGAAACUCGUAUUUUGCUUGGAUUCUGCACACGCAACUUCAGUGUCUUGCAUUUGCAGCCUAUCGCAUGGGAAGACGUUCAUCACUGGCGCUACCAACGGAUACGUUAGCGUUUGGAAUCUGGAUGCCAGGAGGCGCCUGGCCUUGGAAUCCACGAGUAAAAUUCAUCGACAGACCAUCACGUACAUCUCCGUGCAGGACGGCAACGAACUGUUCGUCACUUCUGGUCUCGAUCGUUGUGCCGUCAUCUGGGAAACCAAGGGAUGCCAGGCGAUGCGGGUGCUGAGGUCAGACACUCCCUUCACGUGUGCCGUCUUUUCGGGUUCCUCCUCGGAGGUUCUGACGUGUGGUCACGACGGUGUCGUUCGCGUCUGGGACUGCGACGAGGGGAUUCUCUUGCAAGAGACUUCUCUGGAAGGAGAAGCCUUGCCGUUAAACGCUUUGGUUGUGGUCAAUCCGGGCGGAGAAUACCUGGCAGCUGGGGUCUCCAAAGCUCUUAGGCUUGUGUCCUGGGACGGGGAGGUGAAACGGGAAGAGAAAGGCUGCAGUGGAGAAAUCCUCAGCAUGGGAAUCUCACCAAGCAAGCGAUAUUUCGUGGUCGGGUGCGAAGAUGGCUCUGUUUUCAAGUGGAUUCUCGCGCCCUCGUGAGCCUUCGCAACGUUUCAACGCUAUUUCAAACGGAGUAUGGGAUAAUUUAAGUUGCUGGUAUCAUCAGUAAAGUGAUUGGAUCCUUCGAUCCAA